UUUUUUCCCUCCUCCCCUUCAGGGUCAAAGUCAGAGUGGGGGUCAUGGUCCUGGAGGUGGCAAGAAGGAUGACAAGGACAAGAAAAAGAAAUAUGAGCCUCCUGUCCCAACCAGAGUGGGGAAAAAGAAGAAGAAAACAAAGGGACCAGAUGCUGCCAGCAAACUGCCCCUGGUGACCCCUCACACGCAGUGCCGGCUAAAGUUGCUGAAGCUGGAGCGGAUCAAAGACUACCUGCUCAUGGAGGAAGAGUUCAUCAGGAACCAGGAGCAGAUGAAGCCCCUCGAAGAAAAGCAAGAGGAGGAGAGGUCAAAGGUGGACGACCUGAGGGGGACCCCGAUGUCGGUGGGGACUUUGGAAGAGAUCAUUGAUGACAACCACGCCAUCGUGUCGACGUCGGUGGGCUCGGAGCACUACGUCAGCAUUCUGUCCUUCGUAGACAAGGACCUGCUGGAGCCGGGCUGCUCGGUCCUGCUCAACCACAAGGUGCAUGCGGUGAUCGGGGUGCUGAUGGAUGACACCGACCCUCUGGUCACAGUGAUGAAGGUGGAAAAGGCCCCCCAGGAGACCUAUGCUGACAUUGGGGGGCUGGACAACCAAAUUCAGGAAAUUAAGGAGUCUGUGGAGCUUCCUCUUACUCAUCCCGAGUACUAUGAAGAGAUGGGGAUCAAGCCGCCUAAGGGGGUCAUCCUCUACGGCCCCCCUGGCACAGGUAAAACCUUACUAGCCAAAGCAGUUGCAAACCAAACCUCGGCCACGUUCUUGCGAGUGGUGGGCUCAGAGCUCAUUCAGAAGUACCUGGGCGACGGGCCCAAGCUCGUGCGGGAGCUCUUCCGAGUUGCCGAGGAGCACGCUCCGUCCAUCGUCUUCAUCGACGAGAUCGACGCCAUCGGGACAAAGAGAUACGACUCCAAUUCGGGCGGCGAGAGAGAGAUCCAGCGGACGAUGCUGGAGCUCCUGAACCAGCUGGACGGGUUUGAUUCCAGGGGCGACGUGAAAGUGAUCAUGGCCACCAACCGGAUAGAAACCUUAGACCCAGCCCUUAUCCGGCCAGGCCGCAUUGACCGGAAGAUUGAGUUCCCCCUGCCUGAUGAGAAGACCAAGAAGCGCAUCUUUCAGAUUCACACAAGCCGGAUGACGCUGGCCGAGGACGUCACCUUGGACGACCUGAUCAUGGCUAAAGACGACCUCUCUGGCGCUGACAUCAAGGCUAUCUGCACCGAAGCAGGCCUCAUGGCUCUGCGGGAGCGCAGGAUGAAGGUCACAAACGAAGACUUCAAGAAGUCCAAGGAAAACGUGCUCUAUAAGAAACAAGAAGGCACCCCCGAGGGGCUCUAUCUCUGAGGGAGUCCCCCACACAGGGCGUUGAAGACGUGGUGGGGAGUUUUCCCGGCCCCUCCAAGAAUGGGGUGGAGAUGGGCUGACCAGUGGGUCCAUAUUCCAUCGCUUCCUUAGUGAAACAUUCUCCCUCGUUUGUAUGUGUGUGUGUUUGUGUGUGUGUGUGUGGCAGUCAGGAGACUCGGUGGGCUGGGCAGCCCUGUCCCCAAUAAAAUCACUCUUUCCAGA